CGUCACAAUCCACCGCCGCCUCUGCCCGGGGAGGGAGCGGCGGCGGCGGCGGCCGCAACAGCAAGCAGCAGGCGGCGAGCCAGUGCAGCCCAAGGCCGAGGAGCCUCCAGUUCACGUCAGAGGCCCGGUGCACGUGACCGGCUAGCUCAGCGGCCCCCAUUCCCGAUGCAUUGAGCCGCUUCCUGUAGGGAGGGGGGGAAAUAAACCCGCCCUGCCCUCCUCCUCCUCCCGGCUCGCUGAUUGGCGGCUGAGCGGCAGCGCGUCGGGCCAGCGCCCCCUUCCCCGCCUCCAGCCUCUGAUCCGGGAAGCCACGCGCCGCUCUCAAGAGCGGAGGGCGCCGGCUCGGGAGUGUCAGUCUUCUGUCACUCUCGCUCCCGCCCGCCCUCGCCGUGGCGGGUGACAGGGUCGCCUAGGAGACGGGCCGGGGUCGCGCGCGCGGACGGAGCCUGCCCAUGGCAGAGGCCCGGGGUGGGGCGAUGGGCCCGCUGGUUGGGGCCAUCGAUCAAGGGACCAGCUCCACGCGCUUCCUGGUAAGCGCAAGCCGGCGAGCGGCCGCCUCCGGGGACGGAGGGGGAUGAUGGAGUGACAGGAGGAGGCGGCGGCGUGGUUGCCCUUGGUGGGAGCGUGGAGGACGGAGGCUGCUGAGAGGGGCUGGGCAGGUGCCAAGCGAGGUCUCCCCUUGCCCAGGCUCGCGGAGGGAGAAGAGGGGGAAGUGCCCUUGGCCAGCUAAAAUAGCCUUAAAAGAAGAUGCCCCCCACACUGGGGAAGCUUCAGGGUCAGCGGGUUGCGUUUCGAGACCCGUACGAGCCCCAGGGCUUAAAAAGCAAACAAACCCAUUAUUUUGUUACGAAUGGAACACAUCUAAGAGCAAAUGAUCAAUGCCUCUUCUACCUCUCUGUCUUUACAUAUAGGGCUGCUGGUGUUGGCUUUGGUUUUUGUUUGUGUGUGUGCCCAGGGGUAAUUGGAGAAGGGGAUAUUGGCUUCUCCUGGAAUAGAGAGCAGUCUGACAUAGAGCCCUUUUCUCACUUUAUCCCCUUAACUGUUCUGCCUUUUUCCUUGUCGUGCUGGGCAGUAUGAGAGACAGGGAGUUUCCACUCAGUCCUCUGAUCUAGGGUGUGAUGGAUGGAAGCAGGCGUGAGAGCUUUCUUUUAUGCUGCUGGCGUUUCUUAUCCUACAAGCCACAGUGCAUCAUCCAUUUGCUGUCUACGCUAGAUCACCUGUAGUGUGUAAACUCAUAGGUUGGUGGAUGGAAAAGUUUAUACAGGGAAGAAAAAAGAUGAGUAGAAUCUGGUAACAACUUCUAACAUUGUUAUUCCCGUUUCUUGCAUUAUUAGUGUUGUACUAAAAAGUUUAGCUUGGAUUCUGGGCAAUUCCAGUGUGAAUGAAGCCUCGGAAAACAGGUGCCACUGCUUCAUCCAGAGAUCAAUAUGCACUACAGGUAGUUGCAUUUGUCAGAACUAUGGUACCCUACCGUGAACCUCAAAGCUGAGGACAGUGAAAUAAAAAAUGGCUGGCAGGCAAGAAAUGUCAUCUUAUACUUCACUCAUGCACAGUUUGUAUCCUGCUUAAUCCAGUUUUGCAACUGUAGUUCUGUGCAAACUUGGGAAUGUCCCUCUGAAUUUGGAAACACAAGCAUUUCUAAAUAUUGUUUUAUAUACCGUAUUUUUUGCUCUAUAAGACUCACUUUUUCCCUCCUAAAAAGUAAGGGGAAAUGUGUGUGCGUCUUAUGGAGCGAAUGCAGGCUGCACAGCUAUCCCAGAAGCCAGAACAGCAAGAGGGAUUGCUGCUUUCGCUGGGCAGAGAUCCCUCUUGCUGUUCUGGCUUCUGAGAUUCAGAAUAUAUUUUUUCUUGUUUUCCUCCUCCAAAAACUAGGUGCGUCUUGUGGUCUGGUGCGUCUUAUAGAGUGAAAAAUGCGGUAUAAGGUAAAAUCUUGUUUGUGUUUUUCACGCAGACUAUACUUGUAUAGAGCAGGCGAUUUUGUAUAAUAAGGUUUUCACCAGAUUUAAGGGUUAAAUCAUUGUUUUUAGUAAUAAUAAUAAUAAUAAUAAUAAUGGUCUGAAUGUCCUCUCUUGUUCUUUAAGCAUUCUCUUCACCCAACUUUUCCAACUUUUUUCUUUUCUUUCUUUGCUUUUUAAACUGGGCAAACAUUCAUAGAGGAUCUGGCUAAAGUCCAGGAAUCUGUUUUAACAAAUAUUAUGAAAACAAACAAGGUUAAAAUAGAUUUCAGGCAUAGUUGAAGUCAAGAGUUUAUUGCUGAAGUGGAGUCAUAUCAUAGAUAAGGGGAAUGUGUAUCAUACCAUCAAAACAAUUGCAGUGCAUAAAUGUACCCAAAAAAGUACAGUACUAAUUCUGCACCAGAGUUUUAAAUUGCUUUGGUAGGAUUUUCAUGCAUUCUGCUUACAGUUUGACAUGAAGUACAAGAAUGCAUUUGUCAUUGUUUUAUGUUCUUUUGAACAUUAUUUUGCUUGCCUGUAUCAGAGUAACAGGCUGCCAGAUUUGGUACUAACUUUGUGUGCAUAUACAGCACAUUUUAAGCGCCCAUUCUGGGACACCAUUGAACCUGCAAAUUUCUAUGAAUUGCAUAUAAAAUUCCAUGAAUGUGUUUCCAUAGACACUAUGAAAGCAUAUCCUGUAUUCUGAGGGGUAAAUGCAACCCUGCAAUAUCAUAUCAGGAUUAUACAAGUAUGUGCUUGUCCUGAAACAUCAAGCCAGCCAUGGGUUUGAUACUUGUUUUAUGUUUUGUUUGUUUAUUAAUAAAUUUACAACCUGCCUUUCAGGAUUUAGUGCCCUUCUAAGGCAGUGUAUAGAAAACUACAGAACAUGAUAGACAAAAUCAGCACCAUCAAAUUAAAAUCCAUAUUAUACCCAUUUACAGUGAGCAGUGAUACUUCAUCAGAACACAGCUAUUAAUAGAACACAGACUGAAAUUAACUGACUUGAAGAAUUCUAUUGAAAAUAAACAAUGAUAAGGGCCAUAGUUAUUUCCACAAGUGUGGAUAGAAAAGUGCUUGGUACACAAGCUGACAUCUCUUAGAAGCUGAUCUUAAAGCUUGAGCAAGCUCAUACAGCUGCAGGUGGUCCUCCAGAUAACCUAGUCCCAACCCAUUUUGGGUUUUAAGGCCAAAAUCAGUAGUUUAAAUUGGGCUCAGAAGGAGAUAGGCAGCUGAAUGUUUGUCGCCUUCUUGGCCAUUAGACCCACUAUUGGUCUUGUCUGCUCAAUCUGCCGAAGUUUAUAUUUGCAUGCAGGAAAAGUCCCUAACUCACCAAGGGUUUGAGACCCAUUGCCUACCUUCACCUGGUUUAGCCGGCAAGUCGAAGUCAUGCCCGGGGUGUGACUGCUGUCACAUGCUGACAGUUUCUAGCAGCUACAGGUGAGAGCUGAGUGCAGGAUGGGGACGGAGGGUAGACAAACUACCCCAGAAGGAGCAUGGCUUAAUCUAGCUAUCCUUCUUCUGAACAAAAUCAAGUAUAGAAAAAUAUGUUUUAAAACUUCAUCCAUUGGUUUUAUAUUGGAAUUGAGUCUUUAUGUUUUUUAUGUAUACAACUCCUGUGUAUAUAUUGUUAUAAAACAUCUUCCUGAAAAAGAAGUAAUGGUCCUGGUACGGUAACAGGUGCAGCACACGCUUCUCUUAUAUGAAAGAGUUAAUACUGUAGAAUGAGAGUAAAAUAAGUUCAACGAACCCCAAGGCAAUGAUUAACAACUGUUUGAGUACUUUGGAAGCAUCUCCCUCUUAGAAGCAUUCCUAAACUUGCCUCUGUUGAUCCUCACCUUUGAACUACAUAGUUACAUUAACUGAAAAGCAAACCAAAAUUUAGAAUAAAAGAUUUGGUAGAGAAUAUUUAAAUGAAACAGAAAAUCUUUCACAAAUAGUUCACACUUCCUUGAGACUAUUUGCUAGAUGACGCAAAAGUACAGGAUGUUUCUUUUAAUGGGCCAACCGGAGUUGAAUUUCAGGAAGAACUCCUUUGGUCUUUUGAUAGCAGGAGCUGCCUGAGGCCUUCCUGUGCUAUUCUCUGCAUUUCAGAAGGAAGCAUUAUUGAGGUCAGUCCACUGAGUAGAAAAGGUGGUUAACCUGUGACUCUUCAGAUGUUCUUGGUCCAGCCAAUGGCCAUGGAUGGUUGGGGCUGGAAUCCAGCAACACAUAGAGGACUAUAGAUUAGCCACCAUUGCUGUAUAGCAGAAGUUUUCAACCUUUUUGAGUCCAUGGCUCCCUUAACCAACAACCUUCUUUCUUUGGUACCCCUGUGGGGCUCAGGAGCCCAGUUAUGUCACCCCUUUUUCAAACACCCUCCCUUGUGGAGGCCUCGUCUCCUCUCCCCUCUCUUUGGGAGUCCUCCAGGCAGCAGCUGCUACCAUCCCUGGUCUCUGAGCUGCCCCCCAUAAGAGAGGUGCCUCCCAGAGGCAGCAUUCACCUGCGGAGAUUAUAGCCAGGGUUGCUGCAAUAAACAGCUGUGCAAGGCUUUGGAAGGCACAGGUGCAAGAGGGCAUCAGAUGAGGGAGGGAAGGAAGAGUGACAGUGUUGUCCGCGGCACCCCUGACCACCAUUCAAGGCACGCCAGAGAGAAAUAGCACACUGGUUGAAAACCACUGGUGUAUAGAAUUGCAGCCCUAGCUGCUCUAGCCCUGCAGUGAUUCAGAGUUCACUAAAGAUAAUGGCCUGUUUUAAAUGAUCCACUUCCAGCACCAUUCUUAUUAAAUUAUUCAGAAGCUAUAUGUGUUUCACAAGCCAUGCUGUCCUGAUUUGAUAUGAAACAACCAUACCAGCAAUGGUUCACCAAUUUCAUUUAUGUUUUUUUAAAAAAUAAUAAUAUUUAUUAGUAGUUUUCAGAAUUAUAAGAAGAAAAACAUUAAAAAACAACACUAUAAUAGACAAAAAGAAAAAAAACACAAAAACCAAUACAACAAUGCAACAAAAAAAUAAAAAGAAAGAAGAAAACAACACAAAUCCCAACUUACAUAUCUAAAAUUUCCAUUUGCUUGUUUCAUUGACUUCCUCACACCUCCCUUUUUGUAUUCUAGUUUAAUUAGUUAUUUCAGCAAAUUCUUUCCAUCUUUCUCAAUUUUUGUUAAAAAAUUCAUCCUAACCUAAUUUAAUAAUAAUUAACUCAACAAAUCCUUUCCAUCUUUCCCCAUAUUCUAUUAUUCACAUUACCUUAAUUAAUUUAACCUUAUCUUACCCUAAAACACCUUAAAGCUUGAAUCUUAGUUAUCAAAUAUACAUUACUCCUGAUAUCAUUUCUGCUAAAGUCAUAUAGUUUCAUUCCAACAUUUUCCCUAAUAUUCAUUAAUUUUUAGCCAAUUCCCCAAUUAGAAAAUUUUCAUUAUAAAUUUUCUUCCAAUCUUCAUCCAACGUCCCUUCUUCCUGGUCUCGGAUCGUGUCAGUCCUUACUGUCCAUUCCAUCUAGUCCAUCAACCUGGAAGCCUUAUGUCCGAGGCCCUUAAGUCUCUUCCAUGUCCCUUCUGCAAUUCUUCUUCUUCUUGUUUAUACUUGCCCUUUUCCUUGUCUUUUGCUGGUCUCUUUCUUAGUUUCUUUCCUUUCUCAUUUAGGGGUAGGCCUCUGGGGGGUUCCAAGCCAGAAUUGUCUCCAUCUCCCUUCAUCAAACCCGCCCAUUCCCCACAGUCCCACACCCCACAAUCCUCAAUAUAGUCCAAAAAGUAUUUAAAAGCAUAUUCCAAGGUCUCUCCAGCGUUGGGAACCUCCUCAACUCCAGACUCCCCCUCUUCAAUGACAGCGGCUCAUACUCCUGAAGGGCCUCGGGACUCUCCAUUUGUAUUAUUUGGGGUGCAACCGCAUCCUCCUCCAUUAUCUUCUGCACUUGCCCAGUCAGUACAGAUUCAUGAGUUGGUCCCUGGAUAAUUUCUGUAUCAAUAUUCCCUGUUUGCCCACAGUCAUUAACUGCAACAGUCAAAUCCAUUUUCUCAUUCAUCAAAUCCAUCUUCUCAUGCAUCUGUUCCAGCAGGGCACUUGUCUUACAUAAGGCAAGCACCCAGUCUUCUUUCCCACUCAUCUUUAGUCAAGGUCAGAAAAGCCUGUUCCCACGGUCUUAAUCUCACAUCUGUUGAGCCCUCAAGUGUACUGCAGCAACAAUUUGACAAGCUCCCUCUAGAGGAGGCAAUUUCUAUUUGUAUCAAAAAAAUUUUUAGGCAAGUCCAACAAAGGAAAAUUACUUUCGUUUUUCAGAUAUUUUUCAGAUAUUUUGUUUCUUUAGGAUGCAAAAGGCAACAUAGGAAUCAGCUUGUUUCUCUUCUUUAGCUAUCUGUCAAAAAUAUCCCAUUCACAGUCAAUGAACCUCUCCAACAAUUUCUGUCUCUGACACCCCGUUCCCAGGUUAGAGACGGUGGAAACUUAUCCUUCUUCACGUCCUCUCCUGCUAGGGUUGAACAAAGCCCCCCCCCUUUUCUCCUGCUUCCAAGGGGGUUUCAGUAAUUCUAAAUGAAGAAAAUUUAGACUUUUUUGACCGCUUUCCAGGCUUUAGCUUACAAAGUUUUUGCUUUAGUCUAUAUACAAAAAGCAGAAGGCAGACUUCCUGUUUUGAACCUUCCCGCUUCGUUACCAAAUUAAGAAAUUUCUUGAUCCAGUUUUCCGUUUCUACUCACGGGUACUUGUUUUAAAUCCAAUUGUCCACAGGAAAAAGUCAGCGCUCUCCGGCAAUGGCUGUGCGGCUUCACUCCGUGAAAGUAGCAGUCAGUUCGCAGCACCGCGCCACUCACCCCACUUCGCUCUGGAGCCCCUAAAUGGGAUUCCCUGCGAGUAGGGGGGCGCUCCUGGUGCCCUGCCGAACCCCACGUUCCCAGGCUUCCUCCGCCUGGGAUUUCUAGCGGGUCCCCACCUUCGCCGCGGCGGGAAGACCCAGUUUCCACAGAGCCCCUUCCUCCGGACGGAGGAACUCCGCCAUUCACCAAUGGCGCUGACCCGGAAGUCACCAAUUUCAUUUAUGAAAGGAGAACUGGUUUUGAUCAGAUGAAUUAAGCAUAGUUUCUAGCUGCAAAUGUUUCCGAUUGUGUUCUUUUUCCUUUAGGUGUCUCACCCUCCUCAAUAAAGUUUGGAGGAUUUUAAGUAGCUGCAGGAGUACAGUGGUACUUCUGGUUACAAACACCUCGGGUUACAAACACUUCGGGUUACAGACUCCGCUAACCCGGAACAGGAUGAGAACAGAAAUCGUGCGGCGGCAGCAGUGGGAGGCCCCAUUAGCUAAAGUGGUACCUCAGGUUAAGAACGGUUUCAGGUUAAGAACGGACUUCUGGAAUGAAUUAAGUUUGUAACAAGAGGUACCACUGUAUGUUUAUCACAGAGAGCAUUAGAAGUAUUGGCGAACAAUAUUCCAUGCUGUACUGUUUUCAUCAGCAAACAAAUUUUGUCAUACUGCUUGUAAAUAUGUGGGGGAAACACAGUGUAAUUUUCACUUGAAAUUACUCAGUAGUUUCUGAGACAAGAAACAUUUCGACAUGUUUGUCUAGACAAACAUUUUAAGUGGCAGCAUUACAUUUCUACUGUACCUCUACUCUUACUGUAAUGGCCAGUGAUUUUUAUAUAGCUAUCAUCGCCUUUCUCUUAUUAUUUGUAAUCAAAUUAUGAUUACCAUUUAAUUUGUAUUGAAAAAAUUCUUAUACCUGUAGUUAGAAAUCAAAGAGAUGUAUGCGCUCACAGAUGUAUGUGCAUGUCCUAGAUACCUCUAUCAGAUUUGGAUUUUUAUUGUGAUUGAUGUUACUCUUAAUAAACUUCUUUACUCAGCUAUCUGGGGAGGUAUCUGGAGUGAGUUGAAAAGGAUUAAGCACUUUUGCCCUCUUACUGUAAAGCAAGUAAGGUUAGCCUGAAUGGUUAGGACUACAGUAAACUGGGUUUCAGUUAACAAUUCAGCAAAAGUUGCUGUUGAAGGCAGAGAUCUCAAAGAGAGGCUGUUUUCAGGAUAAAAUUAACAUCACAGAUGUUAGAAGGUAGACUCGUAAUCUGGUGAACAGGGUUCGCAUCUCCGCUCCUCCACAUAUAGCUGCUGGAUGACCUUGGGCUAGUCACACUUCUCUGAAGUCCCUCAGCCCCACUCACCUCACAGAGUGUUUGUUGCGGGGGAGGAAGGAAAAGGAGAAUGUUAGCCGCUUUGAGACUCCUUCGGGUAGCGAUAAGCAGGAUAUCAAAUCCAAACUCCUCCUCUUCUCAUGUAAAAGGAGAAGAUAAGGAACAUAAUUUCAGAAUUGGCAUGAACAUGCAACCUUCUUGAUGUUUUGAAGUGAUUUGAUGUCUUUUGGAUUUUCAUAACACGUUAGAAACUGCAUAGAAAGCAUAAUUAUUUGGACACUUGAGUGAGUUUGUGAUUUAUUUAGGUUAGUAGUUUAUUUAGAUGAAUAAAUAUGUACUUUGGGAAAGAAUAAUCAAUUAUGUCUAACCGUUGAUUUCAACAUUUUUAUCUUCAAUGUCACUUAACAGUAUAAAUAUAGAAAUUAUUUGGACUGAUCUCUAAAAUCUUAAAACAAAUGGAGAUUAUUAUGUUGUGAUAAAGUUCAGCACCACUAUAGUAAAUAGAUAAUUAGAUUAUAUCCUGUAUAUGUACCUUAGUGGGUUUUUUUUUAAAAAGCAAUAUGACUUUUCACCCUGCUUUUUAAUGGUGACUCAGACUUUUAGGGCGGUUUCCUUAAUCUACCUAUCUUUUUGUCAGUAAUCCUUUCAAAGGGAGGCUCCAGAAACUGCUGUUCCCUUUGUCUCCAUGGAUGAUUAACCUUUCCUAUCAUUGCAAAAUUGAGCCAUAUGGUUGCAAAAGCCAUAAUAUAACUCAUGGUCCAGAAGUCUCUGCUUCCAACUUUUUUUUUUUUAAAUAAAAAAAACCCUUCAGGUUCCUGUAACAUGUGGUUUAGUGGCCUCUUCUAGAGUUAAGCAAGUAUUUCUUGCAUCAUUUUGCUCUUUGACAAUUUUCUGUUAUGUAUAAUAUAGUCUUUGUUAAGGGAGUUAACUUCUGAAUGCUACUGUCAUCCCUGAAACAUGUUUCCAAGUAACUGUUCGAGAGGCGGGUGCCAAGCUUCUUUGUCUGCCUCUCCCUCUAAUUAUGUUUUUACAAACUGGUUUGGUGUUCUUUUAUGCAUUACAGGUCUUUAAUGCAAAAACAGCUGAGCUGUUGAGUUACCACCAAGUAGAAAUCCAACAGAAAUUCCCCAAAGAAGGGUAGAGUAUUUUUUUUUCUUUGCAUACUUGACCGCUUGUCAUUCAGGCUGCAAUCCUAACCAUAUCUACUUGGAAGUAAGUCCCACUGAAUUCAGUAGAGCUUUCUCCCAGGUAAUUGGGGUUAAGACAGCAGCCAUAGUGUGAUAUUGCUAAACUUUAAACUCUACAUGAGCAGAAAGUCACUUCCACUCUUCACUUUGCUUUGCCCCUGUGAAUUUAUGCCCAUUGCUCCCUCUGACUGCAGCCAUCCACUCCAUGCCUUUCAGAAGUACACUGGAGACCACAGGGGGCUGGAGUGAGGAGCAGGAGAUGGGAAAGACCUGUUUUUUGGGUGGUGUUUCAUUCACAUGUCUAUGGAUCCAAGCCUACACAUUCCUACUUAAGCCAGUGAAAUGGUUUGUAGGCAUAUGAGGCAAAGUUUGGAAGACUGACAUCAUUGCAAUAAUGUAAUAUACUUUUCGGUUUUUCUUUGUUACUGUAUUUGUUUUUAAUCAAUAGUUAGCCUCAGUAGUGGGUGUUGGGCUGGGGUUGUGUUGCUGCAGAAGAGGAUGGGGUAGGUGGCGCUGGUGCAUUUGUGCCACACCAACCACACUACUAUCUCACUCCCCCCUCCCAACACCUCCCAGUAAGUAGUAGCACCAUAACCAACCAGAGAUCAGGUGAACAGAAGUGGCACUGGGUGUUUGUUAGCCUUGCACAACAUUUUUUUAAGUUGGAAAAGUAGCAGCCAAUCUCGUUUGCCUUUGACGUACGGGCUCUUCAGCUCUCUCUUCUUUUCUGCUUCUUAACAAUUUUAUGGUAAGAGGAAUUACAGUAAUGUUAAAAAUCCACUAGAUUCUACUUUGUAACAAACUUGUUGAUACUAAUUGAAAAUGAUGUUAGUAAAUUGUCAUUCAUUUCUAAUGCAUUGGUAGCAGAGUUUCCCAAACUUGGGUUUCCAGCUGUUUUUGGACUACAGUUCCCACCAUCUCUGACCACAAGUCCUGCUGGUUAGAGAUGAUGAUAGUUGUAAUCCAACAACAGCUGGAGACUCAUUUGGGAAACCCUGUGUUGGAGGAAACAGAUGAGAUUUCAUGAUAUUUGUGUACAUAAUGCCAGAUGCAAAAUACAGAUUUCUGAUACUAACCUUGGUUUUCUCUAUGCUUCUCUUCUCUAUGCUUAUCUUAUCUGUUCAAGGUGGGUAGAACAAGAUCCAAAGGAAAUACUACAAUCUGUCUAUGAAUGUGUUGAAAAAACAUGUGAGAAACUGAAACAACUGAAUGUGGACAUUGCCAGUAUAAAAGGUAUUACCCACAUUUUCAUAAAAUUAAUCAUUUUUUGAAGCAGUGGUCAGAAAGGGCACAUUUCUGAAUUUUUCUUUAGGAAUAGAACUGAUAUGUUAAACUAUUAAAGCCAAUGCAAGAUGUUUCUGGAGUGUAGCUUAUUGGUGUGUUGUUAUUUUGUCAGAGUUUCCUUUCAGAAGAUAGGCUAAGCUGGAAAUGAGGAAAUAAAUAGGUUGUGGUUUGUGCAAUGCUGUUCUGGAAACCCAAGGGAAGUGUGUGGUCUCUUGCACAGGGAUUUCAGCCAACCCUUCCAGAAGGCAGCCUGCCUUCUUUAUUUCUCCCCCACCCCAGAUUAAGGGAUUGCCCAGUGUAGCAUUUUAUUUGGUGCAAAGGGCUGCUGCUGAAAGCCAGUUCUGGUAAAUUCUCUUGCCCCUCUGCCAAAUGUGUGCACAGGAACACUUUGUGAAAACGUAGGUUUCUCUGGAUCCUAACCAGUAUCUUUAUUCAGUGAGUAAAUUGUAUUAAGGGGGGGUGGAAUUAACAGGGAAAGUGUUUAUACAAUAGAAAUUAUGGAAAGUAUUGAAAUAUUUCUUGAAGUAUGCCAUGUCAAAUCCAGCAAAUGUUAAAAUUUCGUUCUGUUUUUAAGCUGUUGGGGUCUGCAAUCAGAGAGAGACAACUGUGGUUUGGGACAAACGAACUGGAGAGCCUCUCUAUAAUGCUCUAGGUAAGUGUUUUGUUUAAUAGGGAUGUAGUUUUCCACUUGACUAUGUGCUAAUCAUUUUAUUUAUUUAUAAUGGAGUAUAGUGAACUUCCUGAAGCUAAUUUAUCUUGGAAUCCAAGCCUAUGAGUGAGUUGUAUCCAACACGGCGCAAGCAGUAAUCUACUUGCACAACAGGACUUCCCCUUCCUCUUCUCUCUCUGUACACCCGUGAAAUUUGCUCCAGAGGGUUCCCCAAUCAUAUGUAGCAGGUUUUUAGAGUCCACAUUAGGGCUUCAGGUGAGAGGUUGGAGGUUCUGUUGUGCAACUGGAAGUCUGUUGUUCCAGCAGAACAGCAGCAUUGAACACAACCCUGUGUCUUUUUCAUCUCAGUGUAUAUAUAUAGAGAGAGAGAGAGAGAAAGAGGAGAGGGGCAUCAGCUUUGGGUCUGAAUGGCAUUAGCCUUUUGUUAACUGUUAUUCAUUCAUCUGAUUGAUCUAAAUAUUUCUAACAAAUAGCCUGUUAAACUGUAUUUGGUUCUUGUAGAAUGUUUUAUCAUUGUGGUGCAUAUCACAUGGUUUUAGUUUUAUUAGUUCUAUAAUAAGAGGGAAACAAGUUUUUAAUAUUUUACUCGGUUUAAGCUGAUGCCGGCUUGUUAAUAGCCACUUCACAGUACCAUGUUGCCUGCAACAAGCAAGAAUUAUCCCCAGGAAGGGAUACUUUUAUUAUUUAUUGUUCAAGUGGUCUGUGUGGCCCAGAAUAUUGAACACUUAAUAUGUGAGGACUUUUGCUCACGUAUUUGCAAGCCUGGGUUAAUUCUAAUUAUAUUAUAAUUGCACUUUCACGAAUCCUUUCAUGAAAGGCAGAUUUUUUAGAACCUUAAAAGCUAUGACAAAGGGGUCAAAACUCUGUUUAUGUAGCAGUACUUACUCAUCCACACUACUUGAUGAAAGGGAGAGGAUAACACAGUCCAUAAUGAAGCAACCCCCCCCCAAAAUUUUUAAAACAUAUUUCUGCUUCCAUGGGAGAAAUGCCAGAACACACAAGCUCUGCUUGGUGUGUAGAAGUUAUUUGGAGAAUCACUUCUCUGUGGUGGAAGCCUGAAUUACUGAAAUUUUCAGUAGCAUAACCCUAAUCAAUCACUUAUGUUUGUCUUUGUGUUAUAGUGUGGCUUGAUCUAAGAACCCAGUCUACCGUUGAGCGACUGCUUAAAAAAAUUCCAGGGCACAAUAAAUCCUUUUUUAAGGUAAAAUCUCUUGCUGUUUUAACAAUAUAGGGAAGUGAGGUGUUGAUGUGACAUUGUACUUGUUUUGUAGUGAAUACAGUUUAUGUUAUUGUAGCACAGGGAUAGCCUAACUACUGUUGUCAAUGCUCUGGUAACCUCUUGGUUAGAUUACUGCAAUGCGUUAUAUCUGGCUGUGAAGAUGGUUCAGAAACUUCAGCAGGUGCAGAAUUCGUCAGCCGGGUUGCUCACCUGGCUAAGAUGGUUUGAGCAUAUUACGCCCAUCCAGGCCUGACUGUACUGGCUGCCAAUUAGUUUCUGGGCCCCAUUCAGAUUGCUGGUUUUGACCUACAAAGCCUUAAACAACUCAGGACCACAAUACCUCAAGAACUGUCUCUGUCCAUAUGAACCUACUCCAAUCCUGCGAUUAUCAUCUGAGGCCCUCCUUUGUGAUGGGUCCAGAAGGUGGUAACACAAGAAUGGGCCUUUUCUGCAGUGGCUCCCUGUUUGUGGAAUGCUCUUCCCAAGGAGGUUCAGCUGACACCUUCAUUAGACAUCUUUAGUUGCCAGAUGAAAACACUCCUCUUCAACCAGGCAUUUGACUGAUUAACAUCCUAUACUCUUUUAAAUGUGUUUGUGCAAGGCAGGUUUAUUGGCUUGCACAUGGUGCGGGGGUGGGAAGUGUCUUGUUUUUUAUGUUGUGAACUGCCCUGAGAUCUACAGGUGUAGGACAGUAUACAAAUUUAAUACAGUAAAUAAGAGUAAGAAUAAUUUUCCUUGAGAAUACGGAGAAAGGAGAGCAGAAAGCAUGUUUUUAAAAGUUGAAGUAAGUAUAUGUGUUAUCACUUGUAAGAAGGGUUAAAUUAUUCCUCCUAUGUGUGAAGAUAGGAACAAGUAGGAUAGCAAGCAUUCCUUAUUUACUAAGAAUAUGAAACUACCUAACCCAAAUUUUCAUAGAAAUAGAUCAUGAUGCAAGAGGUUAUUUAACGACUUUGCUGUCAAUUCAUCUAUUCCAAGCUACACAGAAAUUGCCCCUCAGUGUUAGCAUAUUUCCUAGACAUUGCCAAAAUAAAAUUAUUUAGGAACAUAUAAGUAAAACAGCCUCUUAACCUAUUUGCUUUGAAAGCUUCCACUGUAUAAUGCAGGAGUUCUUUCUUUCUGAUUGCCUCCAUCAUUAUUUGCUUUCCAAACACAGACAGAUAACCUGUAUAAAACAUGACCUUUAGAAUAUGUUUCUGUCUGUUUUGCUACGUGGCAGGUCUUCAAACUACCUGUUCUCUUGAUCUUUGAUCAUGUUGGAUUUUGGUACACGUAAGGUUUACAAUACUUGAGAGUGACUGAUGCUAAUGACCCUUUUAUUGUGCUUCUGCUACAGAUGAUCCUUUUGUCAUUUUUAUUGCUGGUGUUUCUCCUUUAUGUUCUGAAAAUCUUUCCUUUUUUGCAGAAUAAGACAGGCCUCCCACUUAGCACAUAUUUCAGUGCUGUGAAACUUUGCUGGCUUUUGGACAAUGUGAAGGAGGUCAGGCAAGCAGUUCAGGAGAGGCGAGCUCUGUUUGGUACCAUUGACACAUGGCUAAUAUGGGUAUGUCUCAAUAGGCUAUAUAGCAAUCAACUUCUUUUGCUUUAUACUUUCUCAAUUUUAAUCAAAGAACAUUCAACGUUUUCUAAACAGGAAAUCAGUUUUCACUGCCACCUCAUCAGAAUCGUACAUGUGCCUAUAUAAUCUGCCUCCAACAUUAUUUGCAGCAGAAUGUAAUGCACCUGAAUAAAAUGGGCACACAUCAGUUAUGGUCAACAGGUUUUAAGUACUCACCUUCCUCUAGCUUGUCUCAUAAGGUAUCAUGGCGCUAAUGUUUUAUUUUGUGAACUGCCCUGAGAUCUUUUGGUGAAGGGCGGUAUAUAAAUUGAUUAAAAAUAAAUAUAAAUAGUGUGUGUCAGAUACGAAUAAUCCAAGGGAUCAUGGCUGCUACCCUUCCAUGCAUUCAGUGAAUACAAUGGGAUUGUGCAUGCCUAACCACACACACCUAGCAGAUGCAUGUCUGAUGUAAGGAUGAAGGGAUACUAAAGUAUUUACGGCUCCUGCGCUUAAAAGGGAACUUUAGCCAAUGAGGCUUCUUGAUCAUGUGAAUCACCCUUUCACAUUAAUGCUGAAUUUGUAGCCAUGACAGGGAAUGAGGAAUGGACAGUGGGUGUGAUCCUGAUUCUCUCUCAUUCAUUCAUUGAACACAUGGAGAGUGAACAUGUGCUUAAACCUCUAAGAUCUUGCAUAAGAGUAAAAUUCCAGUACAUGUCCUAGAAGCAGGAGUUUUCAAAAGCUUUGCAGCCAUUAAAAAUGGGAGUUCUAAUGACCGCCUUCAUUGUGUCCCAGAGAAAAGGGGUAGCUGUGUUAUCUACAUCGUUUUCCUUAAAAUAAUAUUGAAGGGCUUUCAAAACAUUUUCUCUGGCUAGAGAGUUUGUAAGUAAAGUUGGGUGGAAAGACCAAGUUGGUGAACUAUGUUUUUCCCCUCCCAGAUGGGGAGUAACCUCAACCAGGGUAUAGUCAGUGAUUUUUAUAUUCCAAUAUUAGUAGAUGUGACUGGUGGGAUCAAUCAUUGUGUAAUAAAAAUGAAAUUUAGCCAGGACUGUGAUGUACAGCAGUUAGAACUAAACGCAAAACUGAAAUCGCUGGGGAUUUGUUCACUCCAAAUGUCAUAUAGGCCCCCUUUCUGUAUGUUCUCAAUAAAGUGUAUGAUUCCUUGAUCUUUUUGCUCUUGCCUUUGAAGAAAGAUUUGCUUUUGAGGAAAGGCUUGCUGUAUUAUUCUUGCAUAUGUAUACUACAUUAUGAUAACUGUUCCUAUUAAAGCCAAAUACUGGGGUCCCCAAAUGGUCAUGACAUCCUCAGAAACAGCCUUGCCAGUACUCCCUGCCACUCCCUAUUUUAUUUUAGUUUAAUGAGGGUUUUUUUGGGGGGGGAGGGUAAGCAUCACCAGUUUUUUUUCUACAGUGAUUAUAACUAUUUUUGAAUGAGCCCUGUGAGCAGGAAAAGAUUGGGGAUACUUGAACAAAUUCUUUAAAUAUAGUAAGAGUGAACAGUGGUCUACCAGAUUUCCAACUUCCAUUUCUAGGGAAGCAGUGAUGAGCUUCUAGUUUUACUGAUCUGUCUUUGCUUAUUUUUAUUUUUUUAAUUUAAGAGUUUGACAGGUGGAAAAAAUGGAGGUGUUCAUUGCACUGAUGUAACCAAUGCCAGUAGAACAAUGCUGUUCAACAUUCAUUCGUUAGAAUGGGAUACUGAACUCUGCAAGUAAGUACCUUGUCUGUCCAUCUUCUUCAGUGCCUAGAUUUGCUUUGACCAUCUUCAAAAAGCCAUACUGAUGUACAGGUUUCUAAGCAGGUUUACUUGGAAAUAAAUUCUGUUAGCUGAGUGGCACUUGGUCCUAAUAGUUGUUUUUCCAGGGUCACAUGUGAAAAACUUCUAAAUGGUCUGUGUUCUGAAACUAAAGAACAAGUUGUUGCUUAAUAGCAAUGAGUUUAUCUGAUUCUGGCUUUGUAAUGGGGAUCCAGGUGGAGCUGUAUGUGUUUGAGAGAUUAGUACACAAUAGAUUCUGCAGCCAUUAUUGCUUAUGGUAAAGGUUCAAAUCCAGCUUGUCAAAUGGUGGGUGGUCACAAGAUGCAUCACAAUUCUGUGCAUGAAAUCUUGGGCAUGAAAUCUCGUCUGAAUUAACCAUUAGACUCUAAACUGGUAGGCCUCAAAAUGUUAUUGGAUUACAUCUACCAUCAUCCCUGGCCAUUGACCAUGCCGGUUGGGGGUGGUGGAAGUUGGAGUCCAACAACAUUUUCAGGGCCACAGGUUCCUCUCCACUGAGUAAAAUUGAUGUUCACUUCUUCCUCAAAUUAUACAAGACUCACUUUUAAAAAUUCAUUUCGCACUGUGUUUAACACACUUUAAUCAAAUUUAAUCUGAGAGUGUGGAAUUUCAAUUGGUUAGGUACAACCAAACAUGCAUUCAUGGAUUUUCUGUGAUAACCUGAUGGGAGCAGUUCAUUCCAUAACUGAGAGAACACUUGGAAUUAAUUGUGAAAUAUUUGGUGGCAUUUUUCUACAUCACAGCUAGCAAAUAAUUCUGUUUUAACCUUUGAGAAGUGAAAGUAGUAUUGUCGUUUAUUAGCAGGAUACAUAAGAUUGUCACUGCUGGCUGCUUGUAAACUCUUCUUGAGGCACCUGUAGCGAUGGGGAAGCUGAUCAUUGGAGCUGGGAGAGAUGCACACAUAACCUCAGGUCAAAUCAAGCUCCAGAAUAAGUAAAAAAGAGAGUUAUGCAUGAAGUAUUUACAUCUACACAUCAUGAGGGCUUGCAAACCUUUGCAACAAUUUUUAAACAAAUGAUGGCUUUAUUAGCUAAGGAGAAGCUCAAGCGGGACCUCUGUUGGCCACACAAAGUUUUAGUUUAGUUUUAACCAAUCAGAAGAAGCAUUUAAGUGGACAUUUCUUAGAAUCAUAGAAUCAUUUCUUGUUUUGAGGCAAACAUUAUGGGCCCCAUAUAUUCUCCAUCCACCCCCAGUUCAACUUUUUAAUUAACAACCAUGAAUAAUUUUGUAUUAACUUUUGGAAAAUGUUGUGUUUCCUUCCCAGAUUUUUUGGAAUUCCUAUGGAAAUACUUCCCAAAGUGCGGAGUUCCUCAGAGAUCUAUGGAUUGAUGGUAUAUAUACAACUUUUCCUUAAAUUCUUUUAGUUUAACAACAUAUGUGUGAAUUGUGCCUUCUUAAUCUUGAUCGAAUAAGCUGGAUAACUCAGUUCUGUGAAAAAGUUAUUUUUGUAAAACAGGAGAAGGAAUAGCUUUUAAAUUGGACUGUUAACUACCCUUCUUGAGAAAAGUUACAUUUAGAAGAUAUAAGUUACUGUACAAUUUUGUUUAAAUCUCCCAAUAUUUUAUAUCUUAUGAAAUUAUUGUUUUUUUACGGAAAACGACAUAUGGAAUUUUUGAACUGGCAUAGAAAUAUGUAUCGGUGCUCUUCCUUAACUAAGGCUGCAAUCCUAACCUACGUUAACUAGAAAUAAGCCCCACUAAAUUCAGUAGGACUUACUUCUGAGAAGACGUGGUUAGGGCUGGGCUGUAAGUUGGGGCAGAGUCCUGCAGAAUUUGUGCACGUGGGCGGCUAUAAACGAGGUGUGUGUCAGGUUUCUGAGGGCUGAGUGUACAUUUAAAUCAUCUGAAGGACAGCAGGUUGUAGAAGGCUGUUAUAGACACUUCCACUAGGAUCUAAGGUCAACUUCUCUAAUGUUACAGUUGCACCGAAGGAGUUGACAAACUUAAAUGUUAGUGUAGAAAGCUGCUGUCUGAAAUAUAUUUACUAUGUUCCUAGUUAGUGACUCAUUGUGAGCAUUGGAAGAGUCUUGAGGAGAUGUAAGAACCCUUUCCCUGCAAAGACACACCCCUUCUCACCCUAGGAAGCCACUGGCAAUCAGUGCACAGGCUGAACUCCUGCUAUGUAUGCUGAUGUUGGGCCUUGAUAUGGGGUGGAGACUGAUGGGGGCUGAAGCACCAUACAUGUCUGGGCUGUGGGAAAUAGCUCAGUGGUGAUUCAGCAUGUCUGGUCCACUAUAGAACACUCUGGAUAAGUUUUCCAUCUGAAGAUCAGCUACCGUAAUGUUGGUUUGAAAGUUCUGUACAGUUAUGAACUGGAAAUGGUCUAAACUUUAUUAAAGAAGUGAUUGUUAAAAUGGUUAUAAAAUGACAAGACACAAUAUUCUGUAUUCCCAGACUUGGCUUGUAGAACAGUUUGGCAGGAGCCCUCUUUUUCAACAAGUACUGCAGCUUGAUUGAGUCACUAGCUACAAGAAACUUUGACCCUCUUCUUCGUUCCCAGAUUAGAUAAAAUCUUAUCAGCGAAUACUAUAUGAUAAUAUGCAAUUAACCAAUUUAAAUUAGUUUAUGAAUGCUCUUCACAAGAAAAGUAUUCCAGCUUCAUGGAUGGGGUGUUUUUCAAUAGUGUGGCCCAAAUUUCCUUUUGUGACCUCUGCAGCUCAAAAAAAGAAAGAAAGAAAAAGCCAUUUGCUUUAGACUCCAGUUUCUGAACUACCUUUAAAUGAAAAGUGUUUGUGAAAGCAAUAGAAAUACUCACAAAAAUUACUUGAUACAGCUGAUCUGUUGCUUAAAAUGAAACAAAUUGUACUUUCAUUUCCCUCAAGUAAUAGCCUCUCUGCUCUGUAUGAGAAAGAGUGUUACUGGUGAAUAGAGUACUGGUAUUGGUAGUGGCCUUUUAAAAUUAAUUUAAAGCAUUUGGCUUGUUUACAAGAAUAAAAAAUAGAGCCAUAACGUUAGUGUCUUGAAUACAACAUAAGCCAUUGUGAAUUCCUGUAUUUCAUUGUGGGAUGUUUAGGGGAAGGUUGCAGACUUUUAAAAACAAAGUGCUUGGCAAAUAGUCUCCAACUGAACUGAAAGUGUUUCUGUACAAAAAUACUUUAACCCAAAUUAGGGUGGCUAAACUUUCAAUAUUAUGAGUCUUGUACCUUUUUAAUAAUUGAAGAAGAGAAGAAAUGGUUGCCAGUACAGCUUAUCACAAGAACAGUAAAAGCUGCCUUCUCCCUUCACUUACUUGUCAACUAUUAACAAUGCAGGAUCUCAGAUGUUGAAAGGUUUGGCCUCUGAUAUCAGUAAUCUGAUAUUACUGUUAAGUAAGUAACUAGGGCUAUAUACUUUGAAUCAUUUGAGAAUAGAAGAGUGAAGUCCAUUACUUUGAGUUCUAAACCUUUUGAAUGUUUGCUUCAAAGUGUGUAGGUCUGAUAUUCAUUUUACCCCAAACAGCAAUUUAUAGGAGGAGAAUUGACUACUAGACUACCAAGCUUUGAAACUGUGAACUUGUUUGUCUCUCUUCCCCUCCUCCCUUCCCACUACUUUUCUCGCUGACUAUAGAAAAUCUCCCUUACCUUGGUGAGUAGGAUUUUGUUAGGAUGUCCCCUACUCACAUAUCCAUCCAUUUCUGCUUAGAUGCAGUGCAUUUCUUUAGGGGGAAUCCUGUAGCUUUUUGAAAGGGAUUGUGUCAGGCGGCAUCCUCAAGUCAGACCGACUGAAUCUGAAGCUUUUAUUAGUGGUUCUGUUGAGGUGUUUACACUCCGCACCUGCUUAAAAAAAGUUAAAAUGGGAAACUACUAUUUCUCACUCCUAACUUUCCUUGUGAAAGAUUGUAUGAAUUGAGGGCAAAAACACUGAAGAGGAGGAAUACUAGUUUAUGGUAUAUAUCUCAUCUCACCUUCAAAAUGCUAUUUAAUAAGGUAUCCCCAAAUGGAAAUGCACUGAGUGUACUCUCUGCAUGGCUUCACAGAAGUGCUACUGGUCACUGUACGUACACACACACACACAAUGCACCCUGCAAAAAAAAAAAAAAGCUGGUUUUGACGUGGGUGGCUUGGUGGGUACUAGGUGUUGGCAUGCCUGGCUGUUUGCAAGCACACAAACAUGUAUUUCUUCUUUCCUUUUCGAGAAAACAUCGCAAACUGUUCGAUGGUAUCUUACAAAAUGAUAUCUCCUGUGUGCUCUUCCGCUAAUACUCUGCCACAGUCACACCUGUAUGUUAAGCACUGACCUCCCAUUUUGAAGCAUGUUGUUUACCAUCUUAUUGUAGCCCCACGUGUUAUCAAAAAUCAAGUCGUACUCUGUGCUGUGCUUUAAUAUGUGUAUAAAUGGUAGAGCAAACAUUAGCUCUUCGAUGAACUGAGGUGUAGAAAAGAGACUGCCACACUUGCGUUCCUUGACUGAGCAGAAAAUGGAGGGCUGGGCAGGGAUGUGGGAAUCAAGAACAGGCAUCCCAUUCAACCUCCUCUCUCUCUUGUAUUUGCCCAGUUACAUGUACCUUGCAGUCCUGAUAAGUUGGUUGUUAUUGUACACUGUUUUGGGGCGGCUCAUCCCAUUUUGCCACCUGAGGCGAAAAGAGGAGUUGCCUCUCCUCACUUCUCUGGUGGCAGGUGCCUCCCACCCCACCCCCAUCGCCAGAGAAAUGAGGAGAGGCAGUAGCAAGAGCUCACCAGAACCAUCGCCACAGCUUCUCCUCACUUCUUGGGCAGUGGUGGCAGUGGGUGGAGUAAGUAGUAGGCAAGCAAUAAAGUGGGAUUUGCCACCUCUGGAUCUGAGGCACUCACCUCAGUGUGCCUAAUAGUGCACAACCAUAGUGUUACCAUCUGCCCCUUAGAUUAUUUCUUCUCUCCCCCUCUCCCCAAGUCAUUUCCAGUUUAGUUGGGCUCGCUGUGUAUGUGGCCUAUUUCACAGUGAUACCAGUGGGCAUAUAGAAGUAAAGUCGUGCUGUGGCUGUCAUAUAACACAUUUUCCUGCUAAAACAGGAACCAGUUAUCGCAUCCUGGUUUCAGCCAGAGUUUAAUCAUAUAAUGAACAAUGUUAGAAUUUUUGUGUUUUUUUAUCUAAAUAUACAUAUAGAUGGUCUGAUAUUCCAUUUGUAACUAAAAUCCACUAUUCUGCCAUUAAUUGUAGUUUUCCGUCAUCUGGAAAUAUUGUACUGUUUGCAUAUACACAGUGGAUCCGUUGCUAACUUGUACCCUGUUAUACUUAUUUCUGUUUCCGUUAUGGAAGAACAAUAUGUUGUAAUUCUUAUAAUAUUCAGGAUUUGUAGCUUUUAAAGACUCUCCAUAACCUUUAUCUUUGGUACCUGUUUUUUUUCCCCUCUCAGAAGCUAUGGAGUUUGAAGAAACUGAAUACAAAUUAAAAUUGUCCCUUUGCCUUGUGUGGGAAAUUAUAUAUAAUUGAGUAGUAAAUUAUUAUUCCAGCUAUAUAAUAAAGGCAGGUUUCUGUGGUGCUCUAGUACAAGAGGGACUCUGCUGGACAGACUGUGUGUGAGAAUAUAUGCAUACAGCUCAACAGCGUUCAGUAUACGCCAGGAUCUUUAUUUUUAACAGCAUUGAUAGACUUGCUUGACUAUGGCUUUGAUGUUUUCUAGCUGUACAUUGCUUUGGUUGUUCUUUAAAUAAUGGAAAACCUACUAGAUGAAAAUUAGUGAUGUUGAAUCACCUUUUCAAAAAUGUAUUUGUUUUGCUAUAGAGUUCUGGAGCUUUGACUGGCGUACCAAUUUCUGGGGUGAGUUCCCUGAUCAUGUUGUAAUUUAUUGGUACAAUUUCUGAAUACAGUGGAAUGUUUGAUAGACCUUAUUUUAUUAUUUUAAAAAUGGAGGGGUGCAAUCAGUAGAAACUACAUGUCUAAAGUAUCAGUUGUAUAUGCUAGUAAAAAUAGGUUUAAGCUGUAAUCCCAUAUACACUUACCUUGGAGCCCAUUGAGCUCAGUGGGACUUGUUUCUCAGUAGACUCAUGUAGGAUUAUGCAGUAAGUAGACAAUUGAAAACAUAACUAGCAUCUAAUGUGCCCAGCCUCAAGCCUGGAGCAGAUGGUGUAACUACAACCAGUUACUGUGGAAUUAAAUAGAUGCUUCCAGCCAGACCUAAGUGCCAAUAACUUUCAUUUUAGGGGUUUUAAAUGGUGUUCCAAUAUCAUGGGACACAAAGGAUAGCAGAAUACAGUGUAGAAACUGAACCUUUCACCUCUCUCCAGCCUCUGUGAUGAAGGAAGGAAGGAAGGAAGGAAGGAAGGAAGGAAGGAAGGAAGGAAAGGGAGCAAGUACUUGCCUCCCAUCCUGCCUGAAACGUAUCUGCAUAGGAGCUAUGCUGCCUGGUGUAGAUUGCCCAAAUUACCAAGAAAAAAGACUGAUUUAAGUUUCCUAUACUAUAAUUCACAAGUUUCCAGAGCAACAAAUUUUCAGACAGGAUUGAUGGAAGUCAAAAAUUUGAAUAAGAUGUAAAAGUAUGUUUAAUUACUGUUGAAAAUUAUAUGUUAAAAAAAACUAAUAAAAAAUUAUAUUUUAAAAACCCAACAAAUUUUAAUUGGUUGCAGCAACAGUUAAAACAAGCAAAAACAAGUCUUUAGACUACUUAAGAGCACAGAGGUCUGGUCAUAAAGUUCACGUAUUUCUUGCACUACACAGUUAUGUCUGCUAAGACACAAGGGGUGCAAUUGUGAAAUAAAUGGAUUUGCUUGGCCCUCUACUAAUUCAAAAGGCAUCUGACAAAAUCACAGAAGGGAAUUGUAGCUUUUAGCUUUUAUGUAAAAGGCUAAUUGCCCAGAAUUUUCCACAAGUAAGGAUAGUGAUCACUUGGCAAAACAGUAUUUUUCCAUGAAAACAAAGUUUUCUUUGAGGAUCAUAAAUAUUUAUUAUUUACACAAUAAAUGUAUUGUAUCAAAUGCUUGCCCUCAAGUCUUUUUUUCCUUUUAGGAGAGAGGCAGGAUUUUCAUAGUGAUGGAUAUAGUUAAAAAAUAAGUGCAGAAUGUUUUUUAAUCAAGUUUCUUUUUUAAACUAUGUUGUUGUUGAAAGCAGCAUUUACAGCACACUCCUAUACAUGUUAACGCAGAAGUAAGUCACACUGAGUUUGAUAGGACUUGCUCCCAGGUAAGCGUGUGUAGCAUUGCGGCCUUAAUGUAAACAGAAUUUUAAAGGCAAACAUCUGAUUUCAUUCUUUUGGAAAUGGGCAUUCUGUCCAUUUCUUCCUCUGCAUUUUUGUUUGUUUGUAUUUAUUGGUAUCGGUGCUUCCAAACUAUUCUAGAUGUGCAGAAAAACUAGGAUUAUCCACCAUUCUGGAUCUGCAAGAGGCCAAUUUUUUUCCCCCAGUUGAGAGAAAGCUAGUUUCCCCUAAGGUUUAUUGAAACUGGUUAUGUGAGCUUUGAGCAUGCUCAUUUGAAAAUGAAGGAGGUCCUGUGGUAAGAUAACCUUCAGGGGGAAAAUAUUCAACUAUCCAGAACAAAAGUUUGUCAUUUAUUUAUGUAUUAAAUUUAUAUAUGACUCGUCAUCCAAGGAUUAUAGGGUGCUUUACAGUAUAAUAGUUCUCCAAUCUGUAGUGCCAUUGGUGUGUUUCUUUCUGUAAAAAGUAUUAGCGAGACAACGGGACUUUAGCUGAGCCAAAUUGUAAACAAAAUAGAUCUAUUUUAAAAAUUAAAUAUGCAGGUAUACUUUGACUGAAGUCAAUGAAUUAUAUGUACUUCCAGUGCUUAGGUGACCAGUCUGCUGCUUUAGUGGGACAAAUGUGCUUCAAGGAUGGUCAAGCAAAAAAUACGUAAGUUUAACCUGAGAACUGACACCUACAUCAUUGCACCCAUAGAGUUGAUACAAAGGGGGGCGGUGUUAGAGGAUCAGCCACUUUUAAGAAUGCACACUGUGGGAUAGCCAGUGUAACACAAUGGGUAUGUGAUGAAACUGUGAGUCAGGAAGAUCCUACUUUGAUUCUCACCUCUUGCAAGAACUCCUCCAUUGUGGCUUUCCAAAUGUUGGACCCCAGCUCCCAUCAGCCCACAGACAAUGGUCAGGAUUGAUGGGAGUUAUAGUCUAACAACAUCUGGAGUGCUACAUGUUUCCAAAUCUUGAUAAUAAUGAAUCAGAUUGAUUUUUUUUUAAUUAACUUGCUACAUAAUUUAAAAUGCAUUUGAAAUACCUUGCACACUUGUGUAAGAGUACAUGGCCUGUUCUCCUUCCCCUUCAGUCUAUUUCUUUUAGCUGUACUUCAGAUCAUGCCAGGCCUAGCAGAUGAAGAAGAACUGGGUUUCUAAUAAAAUGUGUCCUGGGCUAAAUAUAGUCAGGGAAUAGGAGGUUCUGCAGUGCCUUGGUUGGAAAAGCACUCCAUAUCCCCACCCAUCCCCAAACCCCAACCUGAUUUCCUGUAGCUUUUUGAAUGGACUUUAAAAUCGGAAGUACACAUGAGUCAGUCUACCCAACAGGCUGGCCACAUUUCUCCCUGGCUAGCACACACAGCAAACUAAAUAUGCAGACUAAAGCUUGCCCCAUAAUGCUCCAUACAGAGGAUUACGGAGUAUGUUCCAGUGUGAAUUAGGGAAGCUUGGCCUCCCAAUUUGACAUAUAUACAUAGGUACAUACAUACACCAAUCCUGAAUGCAGUAAGGGCAGUGGGUAGUGGUUGGAAGUGGAGAAAGAAGGAAGAUUCCAUUGCUUCCCCAAUCCAUUGUCAGCUGGUUUGCCACAAUUCAGCCAGUCUUUGCUAAACUAGUUACCCGAUUAUAGCCAUUUCUAUGCAGAGGAGUUGUCCUAUUAUACCAACAUUCCAGUUAUGUUACUACUCUUUUGAUAUUCCUAGUCAUUUUAUGGCAUGGCAUACGUCUGAUUUCUUAUGCUUCAUUUUGUAGCAAAUAAUAACUUUUGGUGUCUGCACUUCAGGUAUGGAACAGGCUGCUUCUUACUCUGCAAUACAGGUCAAAAGGUUAGUGCUGGGAAUUAAACGACUUGAAACCCUGGCAAAUUGCUACUUUCCCCAAAGAAAUAGCUCUUGCUGUGUAAAACUCCCUUAAAAAUAUUUUUGUUGUGUCCUACAAAUAAAAUAGGGACGCGGGUGGCGCUGUGGGUUAAACCACAGAGCCUAGGACCUGCCGAUCAGAAGGUCGGCGGUUCGAAUCCCCGCAACGGAGUGAGCUCCUGUUGUUUGGUCCCUGCUCCUGCCAACCUAGCAGUUCAAAAGCAUGAAGUGCAAGUAGAUAAAUAGGUACCACUGUGGCGGGAAGGUAAAUGGCGUUUCCGUGCACUGCUCUGGUUCGUCAGAAGCGGCUUAGUCAUGCUGGCCACAUGACCCGAAAGCUGUACGCCGGCUCCCUCAGCCAAUAAAGCGAGAUGAGCGCCACAACCCCAGAGUCGGUCACGACUGCACCUAAUGGUCAGGGGUCCCCUUUACUCUUUACAAAUAAAAUAAAGGUGUUUUUUUCUGUGCCUAUAUUUUGUAUAAUUUACAUUCUCACUUGAGCUUAAAAUAUUCACAAGCAUACCUUGCUUAACAUGAAGGUCCCAAAGAGGAAAUGUCUUAUGCUAGAAUGCUAUGGGCAGUUGGGCAGUGUUUAAGAUAACAGCCAAGGGUAAACUAAUAUGAUAAAAAUAAUUAAUAUUUUCUAGAUCAAGUAAUUACGUAUUUUUUCUUUUUGUUUCCAGCCUGCAAUUUCUGAACAUGGCCUUCUGACUACAGUGGCGUACAAAAUGGGCAGAGACAAACCUGUGUAUUAUGCAUUAGAAGUAAGUAUAAUUAUUUUUCAUAUACUAUGGGCUUUUGAAGGUGCCAAGUUGUUUCUUUGGUUUGUAAUACCAAGAGGUGGACUACCAUAUAUGUACUAUCGAUGACCGCAAACCUACUACAAAGGGCUUGGGUCAUUGAUGCAAGUUAGGUGUUUUUGGUUUGUUUGUUUUUUUGUUUUGUUUUGGCAAUAUUAGUAGUAGUAGUAGUAGUAGUAGUAGUACCCUGCCCAUCUGACUGGGUUGUCCCAGCUACCCUAGGCAGCUUCUAACAAAUAUAAAGAUAUAAUAAAACAUUACACAUUGAAAAACUUCCCUGUAUGGGGCUGCCUUCAGAUGUCUUCUAAAGGUUAUAUAGUUACUCAUAGGGGUAGGGGGGUCUCUGAUGUCAAAGGGCAAUGUUCUGUAACUCCACAAAAAAUUGACUUGGUAAAGGCUGGUUCAUACAUGCAUAUCUGUUACUUGAUUUAAACUGAGUUGCUUUGUGCUUGAUGACUGGCAGCUGACUGUGAAUUUCCUGCACUGAAAAGUUUUGUGCUAAAGGUGAGGUGAUACUAAAUCAUUACAGGCUAUGAAGCAGAUCUGUGACUACUCUUGUCACCUGCAUGCCCUGAUGAUGUAUGUUUCUGGGACUACAUCCUCAGCAUCUUCUUUUAAGUCUGAGACUCCUUUAAUUAUGAGCCCUGUACCUUUAAGAAUUCCAAAACUGUGAAAAAGGCAUGCCUUGGUUUUGCGUGUUGCCUUUCAUGAUUUGCUCUAAGAGUGAGAGUGAAGUAACAAAACACAUUAACUUGCCCUUUUCAUGUAGGGCUCUGUUGCCAUAGCUGGUGCCGUUGUACGUUGGCUGAGAGACAACCUCGGCAUUGCAAAGUCUUCAAGUGAAGUUGGUGAGCAUCAAUAACUUGGAGUAGCUUAUUUUAGUGAAGAGUUGCUUGAUCUUCCCCUUGCCUAGGAUAUGUCAGUUUUAAGGACACUAACUGUGGCAUGCACUUGGUAUUAGAAAACUGGUAAUAUUCUGUGACAUUUAUAAAACCAAAUGUCUGGAAGAGAUGUAUGAGUUUAAAUGGAUACAUGUAGAUUUCUAGUCUUGCAUCCUUUUAUUGCUUUUGGAAAUAGAAAUCACUACGUUACAAUAUCUUACUUGGAUACCGCUAGUUGGAGCAGAUUUUUAAAAAUAAUAAAAUAGCAAGAGUUUUCGGUGCUAUCAUUCACUAAGGCUGUUAUCCUGGGCGUAUGUCCCAUUGAACUCAGUGGGACUUGCCUUUGAGUAGACAUAUAUAGGAUUGUUGUGCAAGACUUCUCUUUUACUUGAAGACAAGAGUUGCACUUUUUGGCAUGCUGCUAGAUGCACAGGAAUGCUCUUGUUCUUUGAUACACAAUUGUAAAUAAUUAGAAUUGAGACUCCUUUUUUCCUUAGUCCAAUAUUUAUUUACUGGAGUAAUCUGGGUGACAACGUUUCAUAAAUUUGGAAUUUAUUUUUUAUUUCAUUUUUUUAAAAAAACAUUUCUAGACCUUUAAUUGUAACAUUUGAGUAAUAAGCAACUGACAAGUGUAAUAAAUAGCAAUAAAUGUUAUUUGCUCCUGCUGCGUGAAGAUAAACUCUAUUUUGGCAUUGGUUUUAGAGAAACUUGCUGCUGAAGUGGGCACUUCUUAUGGCUGCUACUUUGUUCCAGCAUUCUCAGGAUUAUAUGCACCAUACUGGGAACCCAGUGCAAGAGGGUAGGUAUAUCAGACCAAAUGUUUAACUUAAAGAAUUUCAGGAACUGCCAAUAUUUAAUGUUAUCCAUUCUUAAGUAAUUAGGCCAGAUACACAGUGGGAUGUUGUGCAUCUUCCCAAUAUGCACUUCUUGCCAGCUGAGAGGGCAAUGUGCCACAGCAGCCACUGUGUGUUAUAGGGGGCGCUGUGGCAGCCACGUGAGUCUUUAAAAGAAGGUUUGUUUAGUCUUGAUGGUAGAUUUUGCUUUCCUUUUUCCUUCUACAGAAUUAUCUGUGGCCUUACUCAGUUUACAAAUAAAAACCACAUUGCCUUUGCUGCACUAGAGGCUGUCUGCUUCCAAACACGAGAGGUAUGGAUGAAGGGUGCCAUUAAUGCUGCUUUGAUGGCAGUGACAAACUUCUUUUUAAAAAAAUAAUAAUGAGUUGUAUUUUGUAUGAUUCAGAUGAUUUAAAUUGUAUAACCUCAAAAGUUUGUGGGGAGGGUUGGCAGAACCAAAGGUCUCAAGUUGUUCCGUAUGGUUUAAAGACUAAUGUUAGUAACCAGGUCUGGUUCUUUCAAUAGGCAAAGUGUGAGGCAAUUAAUUUUGGGUGCCAUGAAAGAGCAUUAGAAGUUUAAUUAUUAAUUUAUUGCUGUGUUUUUAAUUCCAGGGAGAGGCAGUUAUGGAAUUGUCUGCCUCGAGUACCAAAAUAAUUUGGCUAACCUUGGACACUAUGCACCUUGACUGUGGGCAGAGCAUAGUAUUUGCUGUUCUGCCUCAGGCAGCAUAAUGUCUUAAGCAGGAGCUGCUAGUAUCAUGAGACUAAUCUGUGUACCUUGAAAAGAAUUAUUGUCACAGACUGGAGCAUGAAUUUAAAGGCUUUGUUUUUUAACUUUAAAAGCAUGUGGAACAUCUUUCUCUUCCCUAAUACUACACACACACAUACACAUACACACACACACACGGGUGUCUCUGACUUCAGAAUAUAUUUCCAUGGGCCACCACACCUGACUGCCUUUGAGUUGUAGGACAUUUAAUCUUCUGGGAUUUUUGCUCAAAAUGCAGAUGAAACUUUCAAUCCCCGCCCCCUGCAAUUUCUUAAAGAUUUGAUUCAUUUCAGCAUAUGCCUCAGGGCAUGGUGUUUCUACAAAAUAAAUUAGAAUGCCUAGUUUGGCCUUGUAACUUUUAUUUCUUUAAACAGCUAUGUUCAAAUAAGGCAGGCAUGGCCAAACUUGGCCCUCCAGAUGUUUUGGGGCUACAACUCCCAUCAUCCCUAGCUAACAGGACCAGUGGUCAGAGAUGAUAGGAAUUGUAGUCACAAAACUUCUGGAGGGCUGAGUUUGGCUAUGCCUGAAAUAAGGCAUCCUUGUGUGUGCUUCUUAAAUUUAAAAGGAACUUCAGUCAGAUUCCUGCUGUUAUACUAGCACCUUCAUAAUGAUAAGUAUCCUACUACAGUACUGCCCAAGCAGAAAGAAGUUUGUGCAGCCAGGCUGUUUCUUAUAUUUAUUCUGCCUGCAGUAUCCUCCCAAACCCUCUCCAGAUAGUCACACAAACCCUUUGAAUAGUGGGGGCUGUGAGGUACAUGUUGCAGCUGGAGGGAAAGUUACUUGAAAUUGGGCAGAGGGAUCUGGGACACAAUCUGAUUUUAAGCAAUUCCUUCAACCCACUGCAGGCUUCUGUGAUACAGCCUCCACUAUUGGGGGACCCUGACCCUCUGGAGAAGGUUUUUAGCAUACAGGGUGCAGGGGCAGGUAGAGUAAAAGAGAGAGAUUCAUUGCACAAGCUGCCUUCUGCUUGUACAGCCGUUAGAUACAAUCCAAAGAGUUUUUCUUCUGUUGAAGAGAUUUGUGUGAAAUGUUUGACAUGGUUCUCUUUUAAGAUAUUGGAUACAAUCCAAAGAGUUUUUCUUCCUGUUGAAGAGAUUUGUGUGAAAUGUUUGACAUGGUUCUCUUUUAAGAUAUUGGAUGCAAUGAAUAAGGAUUGUGGGAUACCAUUGAGACAGUUACAAGUCGACGGAGGAAUGACCAACAAUAAGAUCCUUAUGCAGCUUCAAGCUGACAUUCUCUGUAUUCCAGUAGGUAAGCAAUAAUUCUCCUGGUGCUUUUAGUAUUAUUACUUACAAGGCCAAAUAAGUAUGACGGUUUGAAUAGACAAGAUAACUUGCCUUCCUCUCCCUUGGAAAGGUUUCAAUUAAAGAUUUAUAUUGAAAGUAUUUCUUGGAGCAGCUGAUGCAGCAAGAUGCUUAGAACUACUUAUGUAGGCUGAGUCAUAAAAAGUUUGGCGUUCUGAAUACAAAACUCUGCAGCUUACAUCUGCAUACGUGUUUUUGCCAGUUAAUUUUAUCUUCCUGUGCUAUUCUGGAUCUGAGGAGAAUGACUACUUUCAGCUCCUCUCCAUGCGGUUAGAACGAGCCCUUCACAUAUGUGUCCUUUAACCAUGACUGAACAAUGUUCUUUCCCAGAAAGAAUGUCCUUUAAAAUAUGUGUGCCAUCAUCCUGUCAAAUUUCCUUCAGGAGAAGGAGGCAGGUUGCUCUGCCUGAUUUUCAUGUUAACAGCAUUGCCUCCUGCUAUAGAGGUUGCUAUGGAAGGCAAUUUCCUCUCCUCACCCGCCUUCCCACACACACAGAAUUGUGAUAAAGGAAACAAGCUCUCUGUUAAAUGAAUCAUGCAAAGGAGCUUUUUAAUGGAAUGGGGUUUCGCCCCGCAAACAAUAUAUGUACAGAGAUUCACAAUAGUGUGCUGGCUUAUGUGGGUUCUAUUUUAUGUAUGUCUUCCAAGUCCUCUUUGUAUCAUGACAGUUUCAGUAAAUAUCGCUAUGCAACUCUGUUUUUGAUGUCAUCUGUAAAAGUUCAAAAUCCAGCAGCAUAUGUUGACCUUUAUAUAGUUCUAAUGAGUUGGGUGUAAACAUUAAAUUGGAUGAGUGUAAUACAGGGCAACAGACACUAGGGGGCCUUCAACUAAGGGCUCGUCCACACUUUUCUGCUUGUCCUUUGCCUAGAAAGCACUGAUCCAAGAGGUUUCUGGCUUGUCUCAUGCUUUCUAUGCAUGGGUCUGAACAGUUUUGUGUUUGCCCCACAGCUUUCCCUGGGGAAACAUGUUGUUUAGCACUGAAUCACAACAAACGGCAAUCCGCAGAAAACCCAAUUGCCUUUUGGUCCGAUUCAGCUGUAAACCAUGCAUUUUCCACGGGGGAAGCAGCAGGGCAAAUGGAAGUGUGGAUGAGCUUUAGUUUUACUCAGAGAAAAUCCCAUUAAAAUUAAUGAACAGUACUAAGAGAGGUCAGUUACUUUCAGCAGAUUUACUCAUGAGUUAAACUUGGUUGAAUACUACUCUAAAUUUGGGCAUGUGUUGAGGGGGGGAAUUCUUUGACCCAUGCACUAUUUCAAACUUAAGAAGAUAUUAUUUAAAAGACACAAGCUUGCCCUUUCUCCUUACUCAUCUUUUAUUAAAAUCUCUGGAAGCAAAAUAACCCUGGGGUUAAUUAAUUGCAAUAACAUCCAGGAUAUUAAGAUCUUCACAGCUGUUACCAAUUUCCUCUACUUUGUUUCUUAAGAACCAGUGCUGCUCUCUCUAUUUUUUUUUUUAUUAAUAAGCUAUAUAUAUUUGGUUUUAAGUCAGAUUCUCAUUUAUUUUUCUGCAUUAAGCCAGUUAGAAGAACUAGAAAUAAGGAGGGGCAUUUGUAGAUCAAAAGAUGAAAAUUGAGAGAACAAAACAAGUAUGCUGCUUGGUGUUCUAACUUCACUUAAAAUGUGAUUACUUCAUUAUUUUUGGCUUAUUAGUAAAGCCAUCCAUGCCUGAAACCACUGCACUGGGAGCAGCAAUGGCAGCAGGAGCUGCAGAAGGAGUGGGAGUCUGGAGUCUGAAUCCUGCUGACUUUACGGCAGUGACCAGUGAACGUUUUGAGCCACAGAUCAAUCCUGAGGGUAAGGAGGAAACUAAUAUACGUUAUCCAUUAUCUGGGCAUUCAUCAACCCAUGCUGGGCCUUGGCCAAUUCACAUUCACGUAGAGGGACUAGUGCAGUUUGUUCCAUUGGUAUAAUUAGACUAGUAGAGUGAGUGCGGGUGUGUUCUGGGCUAAAAGUACAGUGCUUUUUAACACUUCUGUUUGACUGUUGUUGUCACUUGAUAAAGAGUUCAGGAGACUCUUAUCUAGAUGUGACUAACAAGACCAGUCCAGGUCUCAUAUGACUAGAUAACAUUGCAUCAGGAUAUGUGUGAGAGGUUAGAAAUUGGGAUGAAAAAUUUCCUUGCCGUUUCAGAAAGCGAGUAUCGCUAUACCAGGUGGAAGAAAGCUGUUCAGAAGUCAAUGGGCUGGGAAACAACAGAACCACAAGUAGACGGUAAGCCAUUACAAUUAUUCCUAGCUUGUGAAAAUUAGGCUGCGUUUUUGUUAGAAUAAUGUCGUUCACCUUUUGUGAUUAAUGCUUUUGUAAACAGAGGCUCCUCUCACCUAUUUUGUUUGAAGAUAAAGUUUUAAACUGGCUGCAGCAAAGAACAUACACAGCUUUUUAAACAGUUCUAACUUCCAUAACAGGUGGCUAUGGAACAACUUGAUUAUAAAUGCUUUUAGCCAAGUACAUAGAAACUAGAGAAAACUCUAUGGCACCUGGCAACAUCUAAAUAAUACCUAUCUGCUUCCACUUGACUGCCUGAGUUAGCAUUUUAAUGAUAAUUUUAUAUGGCUCAGGAGCUCAGUCUAAAGGUUCCUAAGCAGAAUUACCUAUGCAUUUUGCAAAUCAGAAACAUGUUUAUAUAUGAACAAAUGCUAAAAAGAUAGAGUGACAUCAAUCCUUUUUAAAAAAAAGUUAUUUGAAACCAGUGAAAUAGAGGUUCUGUGGGACUUUAUUCUCACAUGUAGAGAAUAUUAAAUGAAUUGGGUACAAGCAAUCUAUGGAUACUAUGCUAUCAAGUAGGAUUGAUUUUAAAUAAGAGAAGCUGUCCUAUCUACCUUUUGUCAGCAAAAGGCAAGAAGAGGAUUGCAAUCCCACAUUGACUAAAAUAAUUUGGCUUAUAACAACCAGAAUAGAAAAGUGUGUGUUGAACAAAAUUUACUGAUUCUGAGACUUAUAGAUUGCUAUUGAAGUCGCAUGAAUAAUAUAUCCCAACUCUCAUGUUGAACAUAUUAAACUUUGGCUGCAUUUCAUUGACCCAAUUCACACAUUACAUUAAUCCAUAGAACAAAACAAACUAUGGUUUAAGGUGAAUGGGCAGUGGUAAGUCAAGAACAAUCUUUGAAGAGAAACUAACAAUGAGUCUAGAUUCUGACAAUAUAACAAGCCAGACUCUGGAGUCCAGACUCAGCUGAAGGGGUGGGCAGGGGGGAAGGAGUGCUACAGGAAAUUUUCAGCAGCAUGUGUUAGUACUCUGUUUAAAUUAAACCAAAGCUUGUAUCCAAUUAAGUUCAAUUCAAGAGUAGACCUAGUGAAAUUAUUGAGCCUAAGUUAGCCAUGCCUAUUAACUUCAAUGGGUCUUCUCUGAGUUAGACUAGCAUUGGGUACAACCAAUUGUUUUAAACUAUGGCUUAAUGUGAUGUGAGAAUCAGGUCAUUGUCAUUUACAAAAUAACACUAAAGAGCUGGCCUGUAAUGAUAUCCUAAGUAUGCAAAUUUGAGAUGCAAGUCCUAUUUCUUUCAGUUAGAUUUCAGCCCCACCCCCACCCCACCCCCGUAGGUAUGCUUAGAAAUAUAGCCUUAAACUGUAAUGAUUUGAUUUGAGCUUUUUUUUCCAAAAUACAAUGCUAAAGCACAGAGUUCUGUGCUUUAUCAUUAGAUUGUUAUAGAUGCAUUAUAAUAUGAAAUCUGAAGAAAAUAAUAAAAUAUUGGCUCCUUCAGCCAACGGGAAGAAGUUGCAUAAACUAGAUCAAAGGUUCUCAAACUUUGUGAUUUCUGGGUGGAAGGAGUCCGUGGACCCUUACUGAAUACUAUGGCUUUUUAUUUCUUUAAAGCCUUAACAGCUGCAGAGGGAAGUUUUAGUUAAGUAAAUAAAGUUUCUGGUUGUUGUUUCUUCAUUAGAAUAGGCAUAUAAAGAAGAAACUCAAGUUUAAAGGUCCAUGUUCUUACUAAACAGUAAAAGUUGAGGGCAACACAGUAAUAGGAGAGAGGGUAUAGUAUUCCCAAGAAUAGAGAGAAGAUUUGAGAAAUACUGGACAAUGUUCUCUCUGAUUUGUCCUGUACAUCCAGCCUGUGGCUCCAUCUUGCAACAGAAACAGCUGCUGCAUUCAAGUGUGCUCUACUAAACGUGGUGGCAUUCAAGAUAAUAUGGGGGCAGUAGCUCUGUGAGCUUGACCUUUUUACUCACACCCUUUCCCCCAAUGUUGGAAAUAAUCAUUUGGUGCUACUCUUAACUGGGCAGGAGCCUAGAUUUAUUCCUUCACUGUGCACACAGGUGAGGUCUCUAUUCUAGUUGUUCCCUCCCCAAAGCAAUGGAACAAGGAAUGGUACCUAUCACCAGUCCUGGUUAGAUCUGCAGCAGAGGCCGUGUUCUGGCGAGGGUGUUCUCUGUGAUUGCACUUAUCUAUGGAAUUCACUCCCUGUAUAUAUUUGCCCACCACACCUUCUUAGAUGUUCUGUGCCAGGGUGAACACUAUUAUUUUUGUCUCGGCAUUUAAUGGUCUGGUUCACAUCAAGCAUUCAGCAAUAGUUAACUAUAGUUUAGCAAUGAACAGGCAGCAUGCUGGUGCUAAAGCUCACUGUUUUGUUUCUACCCCCACUCCUGGCUGUUCUACAUCAAGCACAAAAAACCAUAACCCUUGGCUUUUCAUUACAAAGGAACACAAGCUCAUGGUCUGUUUCACUGCAAAGUAUCCUGGAGUGGGAGCCCAGUUUGUUUCUUGACUCCCCAAUACAGAGCUGGGACUUUGGUGUUUUUACUGUAUUUGAACAUUAACUAUGGUGUUUAUGUGUGAACCAAGCCAAUGAUAUCCAAUGCUAAUGACACUUACACUGUUCUUAAGCUUUGGUCUUCACUGGCUCUUUCUGUGUUCUGAUUUUGUGUGUGUGUGUGUGUGUGUGUGUGUGUGUGUAUCUGUAUAUAUUAAUUCUCUUAAGUUAUCUUGCAUAAAUACUGCAUUUAUAACUCACCUUAGUGACAGUGCACUUUAAAGGCAGUUUAGCAAUGGCUAGCAGACAUGGAAACCUCUGUGCUGAUUCAGAGAUUAGAAAAAUGACACUGUCUUAUGUUUUCAUCCCAUCAAUAUAGCAGCACACAAUGAACGUAGACCCAGACCAAUAGAACAAGAAUUUGACACUGAGGAAGAACAAAAUCUGUGUUUCCUGUUUUGGGCAUCAGGGUUCUCCUCAUGAAUGUGCGCAAUAAAACAAGGAAGAAACCAGCUCUAUAGGGUGUUGUGUUUUAUUCACAAUUAAAUCAAAUGAAAUGCCCAGAAGCAAAGCAUGAAACUAUUUCUAAAGUUAGUAUUUCAGUGAAAUCAUAGUUAAUUAGUUUUAUAGUGCUAACCUGCACAUGUGUACUCAGAAGUAAUGUCACCUUUAAAGAUCUAGAUAGAAGUCUGAAAAUUAAUCUGUUUUAAUAGCUUAAGUUUCAGAAAAGAUGCUAUGUAAUUAUAUAUAUAUAUGUAUAUAUACACCCAAAGCUCCAUGAAGGACAAAAAGAGAAAAAUAAAUAUGUUCUUUGAUAAAAAUCAAGGCUUCAUAAUUCAUUUUGACUAGGAAUAUAUUAUGAAUUAUGAAGCCUUGAUUUUUAUCAAAGAACAUAUUUAUUUUUCUCUUUUUGUCCUUCAUGGAGCUUUGGGUGUUUUGAUCAGGUUCUAGCAAGCGACUCAAGUCUUCUCUAAGGCUGCCAUUUUAUGAGAUCCCAUUUCUUUCAAACUCAUGCUAUCUUAUUUUGCAAAGUAAUUCUAAAGGCAUCGUCAUUGCAGUGUUUGAUUGGGAAGGUCUGUUUUCAAAUCCUUGCUCAGCCAUAAAGCUCACUUGGUGACCUUUGGGCCCAGUCACUGUAUCCCAGCCCAUCAGCCCAGCCCACCUCAUAAGGUUGUUGUGAGGGGGUAGGGAGACUUGUCACUGUUUUGCUAGAUCAUAGGAAACAUAAACCUUUCCUAGAUAAAAAUCAAAGCAAAGGCCACCUAGUUUCUCUUGUUGUCUGUGUCCCAAGCAGGCUUAAACUUUUAAGUAAUUUGAUGUUGCAAGGUGGUGAAGGCUACACUAUGAAGUUUAAUAAAGGCACCCACCAAAACAACAAAAAUAAAAGUCCCUCUUUAGAUACUGUGUCUCUCACACACCUCAUCUAGGGAAGUCAUUUAUACAACUCUCCCUGCAGUCAUCAUACACUUUGGAAUGGUAUUAGGUGAGUGAGUCCUCACAACAACAAAAAAACUGGUCUCUUCUUCAUUCUGUGGUGUACCUCCACCUCAAGAUAAUAAUUUCCUUCUCCCAUAGCUCCAGCAGGAAUCCUCCCCAUAACUAUCUGUUGCCAUAUCCUCUCUUUUUCCUGUGAGAGCUGAAGUUUGUGAAGGUCAAGAAACCGUGCCUUGCUGGUUACUACUAUUUUGUUUAUACUGUAGUCUCUCUAACUCUCACACGUGGCACCCCUAAGCAUUCGUUGCGAUCGCAGUGGAGCUGCUGUGACCUGUCAUGCAGCCACAAAGGUUACAGUGAAGUAAGAGGUGGCGUGGGUAGCAAGGUGGAUAGAGGUGUGUGUAAAAGAGGUACCAGGCUCUGGGUGUUGUGGGGCCUGGAGCAACUGCAUCAAACGCACCAUGGAUCAUCUAAACCAGGGGUUGGCAACCUAAGGCCCAUGGGCCACAAGUGGCCCCUGAGCUGUCCACUUGGCAAGUCCCCGCGCACUGUGCUAAACCAGCACAACGCGGGGACUCGCUUCCGUGGCACUGGAAAUUGUGUCUGCGCAGGCACAGAUGCCGGAAAUCAUGUCUACGCAGACACCAGAAAACGCGGGGCACGAUCUGGCCCAUGGAGGGGGCUCCGUGGCCGUGAACCUGCCCAGGCAAGGUAAGCCUUGCUGACCCCUGAUCUAAACCAUGGGUUGUCCACUGGUCCCUACCGCUCACUAGUGGGCGUUUCAAGAUUCCAGGUGGGCGGUAGGGGAUUCUACAGCACAAGCUGAAUCCUUCCAUCGAGAGAGAUGAACGCUCUAUUCAUCUCUCUCGCACUCGGUGGUUAGCAGGAAGUGUGGGCAGGCACAAGUGCACAAAUGCACAUGAAAGCGCGAACGAGUGUAAUACGUGGGAAGAGGAGGUGUGGUAGCCAAGUUUGAAUCUCUCCCCCCCCCUUACUUGUGUCUUGCUUAUGUUUCUGAGGCACCAAGUGCGUACAUCCAUAGGCAUAGGCUGCAGUAGAAAAGUAUCCAGUGGCUCUGCCUGUGAAUGUAUCCAUCUUGUACGGCCUGGUAUAAGGCAGGCAUGGCCAAAGUCCAGCCCUCCAGAUGUUUUGGGACUACAGUUCCCAUCAUCCCUGACCACUGGUCCUGUUAGCUAGGGAUGAUGGGAGUUGUAGUCCCAAAACAGCUGGAGAGCCGAGUUUGGCCAUGCCUGAUAUAAGGUAAUCAAGAAAGAAGGAAAGGAAAAGUUAUAGGCAGGGGAAGGAGAUAAUUGUUGACUAAUAAUAAUAAGUGUGCUAACUAACUCAACCUUACUUCUGGACAUUGCCAUUAGGAAGGUAAAACAAAAGAGUGAAAAAGGAGAUGAAAAGGAAAAGGAAGAAAAAAAUAGGAAGAAAGGAAGAAAAAAAGGAAAAAAUAGAGAAGGAGAGAAAACGGGGACAGGCAGAAGCAUAGUGUUUAGAGUGGUUCAUGUUUUGGCAAGUUACGUUUUGUUAUCUUAUAAAAUAAAAGAAAGAAGUAAUUUCAAUUUACUUUAUUGUUUUCACAUUGAACUUCAUAAAGUUAAAAACAUUGUAAACAUGCAUAAAGUAGAAAUAAAAAGAUAAAUGUAAGUACUUUAAAAAAACAACAACCCUCCUUUCUACUUGCGCUAAAAAAAUUUGAGCUACUGCAGCACUGGUGGGCGGUAAGGAAAUUUUACCAUCAAGAAAGAUGCAUUAGUGGGCAGUAGGUAUAAAAAGGUUGACUACCCCUGAUCUAAACGUUAGGUGCUUUCUUUGUGUACAAACCAAGGGAAGAGGUUGCAGAGCACUUUGGGCGAGCUCUUCAUUGUUUUGAAGGCUAUUACUUGAGUCUUUUGAUAACUUACCAAGAAGACUAUAAUGGAAUACAUGCUGUGUAUUCCAUGCUGUGUCCAAGAAUGUUUGAAUAGGUCAGGGAUGGCAUUUUGAGUGUGUUGCAACACACUGCUGAGUAGGGUAUCUUUGAUAUAGAGAGGAAAAGCUUGUGGCUUAAUCAGCAAAAUUGGUGUGAGAUGGGUUAGAAUGUAAAUGCUUGAGAACCAUUGAACUAGAUGCAAGUUUUUGUUCCUGAAGGCAGCUUUAAUCAUAGAAACAAAGAAUUGUAGCGUUAGAAUGGACCAUGAGGGUCAUCUAGUCCAACCCCCUGCCAUGCAGAAUUUUUUCACCCAACAUGGGGCUCGAACCCACGACCUUGAGAUUAAGAAUCCAAUGCUCUACUGACUGAGCUAUCCCAACAUGUAUGCUGCUCAACUAGUCAAGUUGCUUCUUGACCUUAUUGUUGCCUAGUAUCCAUGUAUAAAACAGUCUAGAUUAGAUAACACUAUAUUGUAAGCCAGUGGUUUUAGCACAUCUGUAAGGGAUCAUUGGGUGAAAUACCGGUAAAUACUGCUAUUUUGUGCUUUUGAUUGCAGUCUGGGUAGUGGUAGAUACAUAUUCCGCUUACUGAGGUUGUAGUAUGCAUGAUGAUGGAACAAACAGAUUCUUUGAAGGAGGUACCCAAGGGACACUGCACAUUCAUUAGGCUUUGUUCAUGCAAUCUUCCUCUUUUGAAGAGAGACUUGCAUGUGCAGGCCUGUGCCUGUAGCUCUUAAAUUGCACGUUAGCAUGUGUGUGUUUAUGAAUAUAUAUGUGGGUAGAGACACACAUGCACGUGCCCCUCCAUCACCCAUGCAUUUUCUCUAGAAGAAUCUUUUAAAUACUUAACAUCAGCUUUUUUUUGGAGUUCUGUAUUGUCUACUUUAUUACUGUUGGAUUGGCUUUGCCUAAAUCACAUUGAAUAUUGACAUUGGAUGCAAAGUUGGAAUAUAUCUUAGCAGAAAGGCUUGGCUCAGCUCUAAUUAUUACUGUGUGUUAAAACUAUCUGUAGCAUUUUGCAGAUGUUGCUGCUUUCUUGUAAUUUUUAUUUAUUUAUGUGAUUCCUAUCUUGCAAUUUACAUGUAUCUCUCUUUUGAUUUGCUUGACUGGAACCUCUCCUACUGGAUGACAUCAGGUGAAACUAGUAUCUUCUGUAGUCUGCCUUUGGGCUUUUUUAUAAUGAAUAGCCUGUUAAUGUUAAUCGGAGCAAAGUACAUCUCAGGUUAGUUUAUUAUUAUUUGAACUAGCUUAUUUUUACAAGGUUAUCACUGCUAGUUUGUUUUCCUUUUGUUUUCAGUAUUCUUGUUCUGUGUUGAAUAAACAGUGGCACAAAUAGCUACAGCUUCUCAAGACAUUGAUUUAAGAUUCUCUGGAACCAAUAUUUUCUGUAGGACUUCUGCUGUCAGCCACACUGCCAUGAUUGGUUUUUUUAGCAUGAUUAUAGGUUCUGAUUUUCUACUUAUUACAACAAAAUUAUGCAUUCGAGUUAUCCUUUGAAAGCUCAAAAGCUACAUAAUUUAUUUUAAGAAAUCAGCGUUUUCAGACAUUACGAGCAAAUCUUUAGAACUUUCUGGGCCAGCAAAUAAAUGCUUAGGGUGAGCCAAACAGGCUGUUGUUCCAAUUCAACUCUACAAAGCUGACCUGCUGAUAUUUCAAGCACACUGUUAAGGUCAAACCAUCAUUAACAUCAAAAAGAUUUUGUCUCCUAAAAGAGUGUGCAAUUUUGUUGGUUGGUUGGCUAGUUGGUUUUUAAAUUUCCCUCAAACAAAUAAUAUUGAUGAUCUAAAUUAGUCAUAAUAUUAGGGUCUCACAUUUGAAAAGCUCAUGGUGGUUCAAUAUUUUGAUAUAAACUUCCAUUUCAUUUGCAGCUUGUGGAGAAUAUUUGGUGGGCUAAUUAGUCUGGAUCACUACUGGAAAAAAGUAUACGCAUGCAGCAAAACCACCCCAAGUACUACUCCUUUUUAGAGUGAUGUAGCAUGCAGGAAUAGACAACAUGGUGCCUUCCAGAUGUUGAUGGAUUACAAUUCACAUAAUUCCUGAUGUCUGACCUUUAUGGCUGAGGCUGAUAGGAGUUAAAGUUCAACAAAAUCUGGAGGGCACUACAGUGGCUGUACCAUGCUGUAGAGAAUAAAGUUAAUUGUGCUUGUGUACAUGCCUUAGUAUGUUAUUAAUAGCAAAGGGAAUUUCAUGGAUUGUGUACUUGCAGUAGAUCUGACAGGUGAGUGUCAUCUGCAUGGGACUAGUGCAGUAUGUUUCAGUGCACAAUCUAAAUUCUAUGGAUGGUGUCUUAUUUUUUCAAGGCAGUGAGCCCAUUGCAAUUUAUAUUAUGAAGCCGUAAUUCACUUUAGAGUCGACCAGCGGUUUGUAGGUUUGUGGUAGAUAUGUGCAGUGUUCUUCCCAUGAUAUAGAGAAAAACAUUUGCAGAAUAUUAGUACCUUUAUCAGUUCACCUUUAGCUGACUUGUGGGGCAUGAAUGGGCUUCCUAGCCAUAAUUUACCUACUAUAGUUUAACUUAAUUAUUUCAAUGAGACUUGUGCAGGAGAAGUUGCCACUGGAUUUUGCCUCUGAAUAUCAGACCCAUCUCUGAAUAUCAGACCCAUCUUUUGUAUUCUUUACUACAAUCAAAUCUUGAGGCUAUGUUCCAAAAGAUUUGACAGAGACUGGACUAAGCCCUAAUUGUUCUUUGUACUGUGUUUGCUUCUCUCUACAGAGGUAAUACCCAUAUGAAGACUUUCCUCUUCUUUCUCCACACACACCCCCAAAAAAGAGAAAGAAAGAGAGAACUGCCUUUAGCUAAACCUCUCCUCAAAAAGUAAUCAUAAACAUUGCAUUUUUUCCAACAAGAAGUAUUCAACACCUGACAAUAUGUUUUCUAUUUAAGGUAAUUGCAAAUGAGGCUCCUUAAUGGAUUUCCAGGAGAUUGCAGCAUCCGAAGAGAAUCUGGUGCUCUCUUCCAAUGUCAUGGGAUUGUUUUGACUUGGUUAAUUGUCAAAAUAACAUGAAUAUAUAGGAGAGGACUUGAACGUGGAAUGAGGAACACACACAACAUUGCUGCCACAUGUUCCCUACUUAAAUGUACACUGGGAUGCAAACCUUUCGUUUCCUUCCUCAACCAUCAUCACCUGUUUUAUACAUUUCGACAUGGGAAAUUACCACAAAGAAAAGGGUUAUAUUAUUGUCAACUGUACGGUUCAAAAACUUGGCACAGUAUGCACAUCUGUAAAGUCAUGAUGGCUUUUUCCAUUUCCUAGAAAAUUGCCCAUAAUGGUGUCUGCCAGUGCUAUCUCUCUAGUGACCAAUGGAGCAACGGCCUGUCUGUAUCGUCAUCAGUUAGACUCUUCCAAUAUUGAAGCGGUUAAUGGUGCUUUUUCCUUACACUAAAACCUGAAUAACUGAUUUAUUCUCUUCAGUUUAUGUGCAUUGUCCAUCAGUAGUGAGGACCCUAAAUCCUGAAAGUGCCACAAGUUAAUUAACAAGAUUAUUUUUCCAAACGUGUAUUUAAGAUUUAAAUAUAUGUGCUUUCACCUAUACAUUAGCAAGCCAGAGACCUAAGCAGCAAAGAAGCUCCACAUGCAAAGUACUACCCUAAGGUGUAAAGAUACAGAUUAAAUAGUUUUGGAUGCACUUGUUAUGUUUUCUUUGGGCAGCAGGUGCAGUCCAAAUGAACCUUUCCAUUGUCUGGAUGUGUUGGAGCUGGUGGUGUAGGAAUGGGAAAGUUCAGGACCAAAGGUCGCCUCUUAGCAUAGCCACAUUCUGGACAGUGGCAAUUUUGCGUCUUGGGUGCAAGUGUAAGUUUUUAGGCAUAAAGCAAAAGCACUACUUGCUAGCAAAAAAUGUCAAAGCUAAACUGACACAUUUUCAAGUGAUCCAUUCUACAAUCUUUGGAGAGAAUUAUUUUUUUUCUUAAAAAAAAAAAUCAGUAGAAACACCUGUCAGCUCACAACCUGGUUCCCUUUUCCGCCUUUACCAUCAUUGCCACCACUAUCCUAUUUUUCUCUGUAUCCCUUUUGCUGAAAUUGGAAUGCUGUAAAGUAACAGAAUAAUGGAGUGGGAACUAUAUUAGAAAAGGCAAGCAAGGAGAAAUAACCCCUUCAAAUCUUGAAUGUAACAGGAUUUCAUCAAAGGUCACUCUGGUUCUCCCAGGUAUGUCCCCCACAUUAUCUUUUUUUUGUGCUGCCAGUGCUGCCUGUAGCUGGAAGGAGUUUUGAUUUCCACAUCUCUGAAAUGAAUUGGACAUAAGAACAUGUUCGAUACAGUCUGCCUUGUCCUUUGAGAUGCCUCAGAUUGCUGAAAUGUACCCAAAAAUGGCAGCAAAAAGUAGCUCCUAUGUGGAUAAACGACAUAGCUUACUCCCUGCUAUAAAAUCUCAUGCAAAAGAUUAUUUUUGGUAAAUAAAGAGGGCUUGGUGUAAUCUUAACAUGAAAUUGCCUGAUUUGAAAGAUUGAUGUGUAUUUCUAAGUAUGUGCACUUAGGAGCUAAAGGGAAUGUGCAUGCUCAAAUGGUUUCCAUGUGUGUCUCAUGUGACUUUAGUCUAAACUCUUACAGAAUAUUUGUGUUUGAUCACUUGGGAAACAACAUUAAGCAUUGGAAAUUCAAAGGAUUUUAGGUCUUUAUAGGACACUUAAUAUCAAUGCCUUUUCAUUAAGUGCAAUGAAAAUCUAAAACAAUGGUCUCUGAAGCUGCAGCACAUUCUGCACCUGGUGUAAAUUCUAGAAUACUCUUGACAACGUUGUCCCUUAAAUGUAGAUUGGGUUUUUAAUGUUUCAGCAUGUUGAUAAAUGUAAUGACAAAAGCAAUUUGGAAUAUUGGUUUGUGUCAGAACUUCUGUACAUGUGAACUUGGUAGUAGGAUAUGUAAAACUCCACGUCUUAGCCUUAUAACUUGCACAGGCACAGUGUAGCUUGGACCGUAUUUGGCAAGCCAAGGCUUUCCCCUGCUAGCACAGGGGACAGCCUUGUUCUCUUACAAUGUAUUCUGCUUAUUUCCAUAAGCUUAGCUUUCAGAGGAAAGUGGGAGGGGAGAGCUUGCAGGGGGCAGGUGUUUGGCAGGCUGAAUAAACUGUAUUUUUCAUAGGAAGCCAAUGGAAUGGACACAGACCUAGGGUGUUAAGUGUGUGAUAACAUUGGGUUUCAAAGAUAUGAGUUAAGUGCCAAAUACUAACCCCUUUUUCCAAACAAAUGAUGAAAGAGCAAACCAUAAAAGAACCUGGAAAUCACUUGUUUCUUGAGCUGCCUUCAUAUGUGUUUGGCUGAUGCUUUGUUAAACAAUGUGUGAUGGGCAGUUUCAACUACAGUUUCUGGGGGGUAUAUAGGACAUUAAAUUAUUUUUGUGAGAUUAUAAUUACAGUUGCAAUUUUGUAAAAUGUACUUAAUUCUUUUUUUUCUACAAAACAGAAUUAAAUUAACUUCACUUUUUGUGAAUGGAUUCUUGCGAUUUCCCCCCCUAUAUAUUGUGACACCUUCAAAUUUAAAUGGGCACAUGGAAAGUAUGUAACAGCAACACUGGCUGGUUUUGCACUGCUGAGAAUACAUGUGACUUAAAAUGACCUAAAUCUUGUUUGCAAUUAUGUUUGCAAUGGAAGCCACGAAUAAAUUUAAAAUGAAAUCUGAUUCAAGUGUGUAAA